AGCUUAAUAUAGCUACAUGAACGCAUCUUCCGAAAUGAACGUGCCUACUAUCUACAAAACUCGGCAUACAAAUUUGAACGCAUCCACAUCCACUCCGCAGAGCACACUGCUGAAACAAACAACCAAACAAACCUAUUUUACAGCUGUUUUGAUUUGAUUUUUUGUGGGGACAGCAAAAAAAUCGUGCAUGCGUACGCUAGUGCGCUCGUUGUCGUUAUAUGCGAAAAGAAAUUUGUUGAUAAUUUUUUUUUUGUUAUUUUACACUACUUUUACCCUGAGAAAAAGCUAUAAUGAUAUCAGUCACACACCGAUUCCUGUAACUUAUAUGAUUCUAAAAAGGAAAACGAUUAAACACUGUAUUGUUCAUGCUGAAUUGACUGCCACCAAGAUCUGACAACUCUUUGCUCCCUUUGUCGCCAAAUAAUAGCUUUCUUGACGGACAAUCUUUUAUCGAAUUUUCCAAACGUUGGCUCGAAACAAAAUAUCCUAUGAAUUAUGAAUUUUAGCUAACAAAAUAGGGCAGCCGAUAAAUAAAAGCCAUGGGCGAUACACCCGAAGCACUAACUGCUAUUGAAAGUAUGGAUAGUAGAGUGGUAGUAUCUUUUGAUUGGCAUGAAUUUGCAUGCGGCUGUGGAGCCGCUUUUGUCAAUUUAGGAUUGACCUAUCCUAUUUAUAAGCUGAUAUUUCGACAAAUGUUGCAUGGCGUCGGAAUAGGUUCUGCCUUUGAUCAACUGCGACACGAAGGAAUUACUUAUUUAUAUCGUGGUAUAUUCCCACCACUUGCGCAAAAAACUGUCUCACUGUCGAUUAUGUUCGGAGUGUACGAUGGAACUCGACGUAUGUUAGUUGAGGGGUUUCACAUGAACAACUAUGCGGCGAAGAUAAUUUCUGGCCUUACGGCUGGAACAUUUGAGGGUGCUUUGUUGCCAUUUGAAAGAGUACAAACUUUGUUGGCUGAUUCAAAGUUUCAUCAUCAUUUUAAAAAUACGCCUGAAGCGUUUCGUUAUGUGAUGACGAAUCAUGGGUUCCUAGAGUUGUAUAGAGGAAUGGUGCCGGUAUUAAUACGAAAUGGACCAUCGAAUGCAGCUUUUUUUGUAUUGCGUGAGGAGGCUAAUACACGAAUUCCUAACGAUGCUUCUUUAGCGUCUCGAACAAUGCAAGAGUUUAUUGCUGGCGCAGUAAUUGGUGCUUCAUUAAGUACAAUCUUUUAUCCAAUGAACGUUAUCAAAGUCUCAAUGCAAAGCGAAAUGGGACACAAACGGGAAAAAAUGUGGACGGUAUGCCAAAGAAUAUACCACGAACGUGGUGGUAGAAUAUCAUAUUUUUUCCGAGGUUGUGGCUUCAAUGCGUUCAGGUCGUUUAUGAGUUGGGGUGUUAUGAACACUGCCUAUGAAAAAAUAAAGGAACUGAUCACAUGAUAGAAAAUCUAAUAACGUGAUAAUAUUUUCGCCAGUGUAUUAUAUAGUUUAAAAUGAGAUAAAUAAUUAGAAUUGUAUUGUAAAAAUAUCAAAGUGUAAGGAUCUAUGUAUUUAUUUUAGAUUUUGUUAUUUAUUAUUAUAUACAAUUGCCGCCAACAAAAAAAACAUAAUAACACAAUAUGUUUGUAAAUAGCUUAUAACCAAUAGGUAUACCUUAACCAAACGCGUUGUGGAAUCAAGUCGAGACGUACAUUAACGUAGAAUUUGAAUUGUUGCAUUUAAUGUAAUAUAAUCUGUCGCUAUACCCGUAAUUGAAAUUAUUAAAUCCAAAAAUCAAAUUUAUCAUGUUCAAAGUUUCAAUUUUU